AUGACGAAACCGUCCCCGGAGCACCUGGACAUGGGCGAGCACCUCACCGUCGACGCCGCCAUCCUCCGCCUGCGGCGCAUGGGCGAGGCCGAGGCGGCCUACGCCCCCGGUGGCCCGUCGCCGGCGGCGUCGUGUAGCGGGUGCGGCGGCCCGUCGACGCGGGCGAAGAUCACGCACUGGUUCUGCCAGAUGGGCGAGAGCUUCGACCUCGCGGGCCACACGGUGGGCCUCGCGGCCAACUUCCUCGACCGGUGCACCGCGCGGCGGGACUGCGGCGCCGCGCAGUACCAGCUGAUCGCGGUGACCGCGCUCCUCCUCGCCGCCAAGGUCGAGGAGCGCAAGCCCAUCACGCUCAACGACCUCGUGGUGCUUUCCAGCGGCCUCUUCGAGCGCGACGACAUCCGCCUCAUGGAAUUGGAGCUGCUCCGCGCGCUCGAGUGGCGCCUGAACGCGCCGACGGUGCACGCGUUCGUCGACCUGCUCCUGCGCCUCGUCGACGACGGCCGCGAGGCCCCGGGCCGCCUCGCGGACCGCGUGCGGGCCGAGGCCAAGGCCUUCGUGGACCUGUCCGUCGUCCACGACGAGCUCCGCGGCUUCGCCGCGGCGACGUUGGCCGUCGCGUCCGUCAUGUGCGGCUUCCGCCAGGCGGGCUGCCCCGUCGAGGACGUCGAGCUCUGGACGACGCGCGUCAAGGCCUGCGGCUUCGCCUACGGCGCCGCGGACCUGCUCGAGUGCGGCGUGUGCCUCCUGGGCCUCGGCGGCCGCGCCGCGGCCGCGGCGGCGCGGUCCGCGACCGCGGCGCCGGCGCCGGCGCCGGCGCGCCGCGACGACGACCUCGACCUCGCCGACGCGAACAUCUCCGACGGCGAGGCGUCCUUCACGGACGACGAUGACGACGACGACCGCGACGACGACGACUCCGCGGACGAGGAGAUCCGCAUGUGCAUCCGCGACGACGACGGCGCCGCGCCCAUGGACGAGGACGACGACAAGCACGGCUGCGCCUCCUCGCCGCACACGGUCGCCACGGACUUCUUCACGGGCGACGCCUUCCACAAGCAGGCCUUCGCGUCGGCGACGCAGCACCAGCUGCUGGCCUUCCUCCAGGUCGCGGCGUUCACGAACCGCACGGCGGUGCUGCCCUUCGCCCGCUUCGGCGAGCCGGCCUUCGUCGGCCUGCCCGAGGCGGGGUUCCACGACCUCGAGCGCUACUUCGACGUCGCGGACCUGGCGAAACGCUGGCCCUGCCUGCGGGUCCUAAAUUACCGCGAGUUCCGCGCGGAGCACGGAAAACCGCCCGUCGCGCUGCAGCUGGGGACGCCGCGGACCGCGGUCGGCGACGUCGUGCCGUCGGGCUGCGGCAAGCGGUCGCGGCCGCUCGUGGCCCUCAAGGCGACCUUCGCCUGCGCGUCGCUGACGCUGCUCGCGUCCGCGCGGCGCGCGCUCGGCGGCGACCGGUGGCGAACCGACGCCGUCGUCGUCACCAACUGGUCGCAGAAGGUCGUGGGCCUCGGCGACGCGUCGUCGCCCCUCUUCGGCGACGCCUUCGCGGCCCGCGGCGGCUGCCACGACGCGGCCGCCGCGCGCGACGCGCGCGCGUGGCCGCGGCUCGCGGAUCGCUGGGAGCAGGGCAGCAAAAGGGUGCGAAAUUCCCAACUUCAAAGGCUUCGAUCUCGGCCGCUUUCCACUCGCUGGGAGCGCGCCGCGGACGCGUUCCUCCGGUCCGGCGCGCUGCCGGCGGCCUACGCCUGCGCCCACGUUCGCGCGGAGAAGCUCGCGAGCGCGGCGACGGGGCGGGAGAAGCGGUCCCAGUGGGCCGCGACGGGCGACGAGGCCGAGCCCUUCGCGUCGCCCUACAUGGAGGCGUGCGUCGCGGGCGCCGCGGCGCUCGCGUCACGGGGCGGCGGCGGGCUGCUGCUCCUCACGGACACGUCGGCGGCCCACGGCACGCCGUCGAACCAGGGGUCCGAGCACUUCCGCGAGUGGCGGUCCCGGGGCGAGCGGCUCCUCCGGGCCGCGCUGCCGCGGUCCGCGGGCUACUGCGGCGCACCGGGCGCGGUGCCCGGGCCCGACUGCGCCGCCGUCGAGGCGGCCCUCUGCCGGCGGGCGACCCACGUCUGGCGCUUCGGGUCGGGCACCUUCUCCGCGUUCCUCGUCGGCGACGCGGCGGACGCGCCGCCGUCGACGCGGUUCCUCUCGUGCCCGGACAUCGCGGCCGCCGCGGGUCAGCUGGAAUAA